GCUUUUUCUUUCUCAGUGUGUGUGUGCCUGUGUGUUUAGAGAAGGAAAGAGAGCGGAGAAGCGAGGGGUGGUGAAUGGGAGCCAUGCCGGAGACGUCUUUACUCUUUCCGGCGAUGAAGACAUCGACCUCUCCCCGGUUCUGUGGACCGAUCAGCAGGAGGAUAUUCUCGGACGUUGCUGGGGAUAUAACUGUUUAUGUGGAUGGGCAGUCAUUCCUAUUACACAAGUUCCCUCUCGUUUCACGAAGUGGGAAAAUCUGGAAAAUGGUAGUUGAAUCCAGAGACCCAGACCUCUCACGAUUGGAGCUUCAUGAGGUACCUGGGGGAGCUGAGGCAUUUGAGCUUGCUGCUAAAUUCUGUUACGGGACAACCUUUGAGAUUACAACAAGUAACGUUGCCCAAUUUCGUUGCAUUGCUGAGUACCUAGAAAUGACAGAACAAUAUCAAGAAUGCAACCUGAUUGUGAGAGCAGAGGCCUUUUUAAACGAGGUUGUGUUUCAGAGCCUUGAAAAGUCUCUGGAAGUUUUAUAUGCAUGUAAUGGUUUGUAUCCUUUAGUUGAUGAGGUUGGUAUAGUAAAUAGAUGUAUAGAUGCAAUUGCAAUGAAUGCUAGCAAGGAGCAACUGGUUUCUGGUUUGGCGCACUUAGAAUGCGAUAGCAGAUCAGGAAAAUUAAUGAUGCAUUGUCAGGAUUGGUGGGUGGAAGAUCUUUCUGUACUAAAAAUUGAUCAUUAUCAGCGAGUUAUUGCUGCAAUGAGGAGAACAGGUGUAAGAUCAGAUACGAUUACCCAAUCUCUUAUGCAUUAUGCUCAAACCUCUCUAAAGGGUAUUGAAAAACGACAGGCUUGGGAGUUUGGCCUUGAUGCAGGAGACAAUCAAAGAGUGGUAGUGGAAACUCUUGUUGGUCUUCUAGUAACAGAGAAUAUCAAAUCAGUUCCUCUCUCCUUCCUGUUUGGCAUGUUAAGGAUGGCAAUUGAGGUCAAUGCAAAUUUCAAUUGUAGACAGGAACUUGAAAGGAGGAUUGGAUUCCGAUUAGAACUGGCUUCUCUUGAUGACUUGCUUAUUCCUUCCUCACAAGCAAGUGAUUCAGUGUUUGAUAUUGAUACUGUUCACAGGAUACUCGUAAACUUUUUAAGAAGAAUUGAGGUAGAAGACUCCGAAGAAUCAUCACACAGUUCAUAUGAAUCUGAAGGACAUAAGUCUCCAUGCCACAGUUCAGUAUUAAAAAUAGGGAGGCUCAUGGAUGGGUAUCUUGCUGAAAUUGCACCUGAUCCGCAUCUUAAACUUCCAAAGUUCAUGGCAAUGAUUGAACUCUUACCAGAUUACUCUCGUGUUACUGAUGACGGACUCUAUAGAGCCAUUGACAUAUACUUGAAGGCCCAUCCAUCCUUAAUGGAAUCCGAGUGCAAGAAAAUGUGCAAGCUCAUUGACUGCCAGAAGCUUUCCCUGGAAGCCUCCAACCAUGCAGCCCAAAAUGACCGGCUGCCGCUCCAGAUGAUUGUUCGCGUGCUCUACCAUGAGCAAAUUCGGCUCAAGUCUACCCUCUCAGUGAGCUCCGGCGACGCUUCCUUCUCACAGAGGCUGAUGAGCACCUGUAGUGUUCCGAGCGGUGCAGUCUCCCCCAGAGACAAUUAUGCUUCUCUAAGGAGGGAAAACAAAGAACUCAAGCUAGAAAUAUCGAGAAUGAGGGUGAGACUAAGUGAACUGGAGAAAGAACAAGCAUUCAUGAAGCGAGGGAUGACAGAUAGCAGGUCAGGAGAACAUAGUAGUGCAUUCUUUUCGUCCAUCUCCAGAGGGAUCGGUAGGAUAGCAAUGUUCGGCCCGGCACAUGGAAAGCAACGGAAAAGCACGAGAAAGUCGCAACUUUCAGAGGGAAAGAGCCAUAGACGGCGAGGACAAUCUGAAUUCAUAAGCCAUUGAGGUAUUUGAUGUAAGCCGGCUGCACUUCGCUUCGACUGUAAGAAUGUAAGCGAGUUAGUUAUGGUUAGAGGUAUUUUAUCUGUGGUGUAAGUUCAGCAUCAAGCAGAGAGGGAGGGUUUUCAAUUUUGCAGGGAGAUUUUCCCUACUUGAAUGUACUAAUGCUGAUUUGGUUGGUCAAAUAAGUGUGGUGCUUUCUUUUCUUGU